GCUACUCAAUCUCGCUUACAUCACACAUAUACCUACAUACGUUUUACAGUUCAACUUCAACAUUUGAUUUGAAAAAUUAAAGUAUCGAAGCUUCCUCAAAUCCCUUCGUUGCCGCGAUACGUGCUUCAAUUUCCGGCUCACUGUUGAAAGGAGUGUGCUUGUGUCUCUAAUUCAAUCAUUUACGAUGCAAAAUUUAUAAAAUGAAGCAAAUUACCCACCACAUAAUCGGUUUUACUUUGGCGCUACUUAUAAAUUACACGAUCCAGUUCUUAUUCUUCGUGUUAUUGUGCAGCGACUCAUCGUAUUGUUACUUGUUCCCCUAAAAUGGACCACGAAUUUGUCGACAAGGCCGUCGAGGUGCUCAAAAACCGCCUCUACUUCGCCGUUUCCAAGUUCUCCAGUUACAAGCGUCUCAAGAGCACCAAGAGCCUCAACUUUGUCUGUUUUGACGAGGAGUUCAGAUACCGCAACUUCUUCCAGGACUUCGGGCCCCUCAACAUCUCCUGUCUGUACAAGUACUGCUGCAAGAUGACGAAACUGCUGCAGAACUUCAGAGGAAAGAAGAAGAUCGUGCACUACACCAGCCACGACCCGAACCGGAAGGCCAACGCGGCGUACCUCAUCGGCUGCUUUGCUGUUAUUUGCAUAAAAAUGGAACCUUUCGAAGUUUACAAAAUUCUCAUGAUUACGGAACCGUACAAGCAGUUUGUAGAUGCUCUCCAGCGCACUUCGACACACACCAUCAGGCUUUUUGACUGCUUCUCGGCAGUCGGCAAAGCCACGCUGUACAACAUGUUCGAUUUCACGGAUUUCAACAAUCAGGAAUACGACGUUUGCGACCAGGUGGAAAAGGGAAAUAUGAACUGGAUCAUUCCAAGGAAGUUUCUAGGUUUCUUGGGACCGACGGAACCCAGGAUCGGCGUUGGACACACCCCCAGCUUCUAUUUAGAGUACUUUUUGCAACACGAUAUCAAAACCGUGAUUCGUCUCAAUGACAAACAUUACGAUUCCUCAGUGUUCACUCGCAUCGGUAUAGAACAUCACGAUUUGUUUUUCGACGAUGGUACUGUUCCCUCGAUGGAAAUCCUUCAUAACUUCUUGAGAAUAACCGAAACUGCUCCAGCUGCAAUCGCGGUACACUGUAAGGCUGGAUUGGGGAGAACCGGGACCCUCAUCGGCACCUACCUAAUGAAGCAUUACUGCAUGACUGCGAAAGAGGCCAUCGCGUGGCUCAGGAUGUGUCGUCCUGGAUCAGUAACCGGAGCCCAACAAUCGUACUUAGAGGAACACGAAGGCUGGUUGUGGAGAUCGGGUAGCGAAUACAGACUACGACAUUAUGGAGACGAAGGCAGAAUGCCCCAACACAAGUAUGGAAUAUACAGUAAACAGUGGCCGAUUGAUCGCAACAGGAUUAUCAACGAGGCGAGGAAAAAACUACGGUUAAACGACUUCGAUUUUCACGCUCGGGCGUUACGACAAAUGGAUGAAAAACAGUACCUCAAACAUGUUUCGAAAUUGCUGGCUUCGGUGCGGACUUUCGAAGCUGACAAUUUAAAGGAGAAGGUUGGGAAGGUUCUAAGUACCAUUCCGAAACAUAAAUUGUAAAAAAAAAUAAUAAACAAAAUCUUGUGCAAUAUUUUAAAUUAUUAAUAUAAAAUUUGAUAUGUUCAUAAGUCCAAGUAUCUUGAUACAAUUGUUCCGACAUAAAAAAAUAUCAGUUAAAUUUGAAUUAAUGUAAUAGAAAAUGGUGUUCCGCAAUAAAUUCACUUUGAAGAAAA